AUGUGGACUUUACGACCUGUUUACUGCGAAGCCGUGGCUCCACCUUCGUUCGCUGCCAAGCAGAAAGCAGUAACGAAAGAACAUGUUGUCGCAGCCAUUGAAUCCAAACGACCUAGACCGUCAUUACUGAAAAAUAUUUGGGAACUUGUCAAACCUGAUUUCGUGCUUUUAUGCUUUAUUGUGCUCACGGCCGUAUGUGCAGCCGUAGCCCACUUGCAAACACCCGUUAUUACUGGAGAGCUUAUUACUGUGAUACAAGCCGCCGCCAAGGGCGUAGAAUCAUUGUCCUUGGAAGAUUUGAACGGACCUGCCUUGAAACUUUUUACUCUCCUUUCUGCCCAAGGCGUCUUCACAUUUUUGCAUAUAUCGCUGGUAUCCAUGUUUGGUGAGAACGUAGCCAAGCGUUUGCGAACUCGAUUGUUUUCUGCUAUUGUGCAACAGGAUAUGUCCUUCUUUGAUACCCAUCGCAGUGGCGAGUUGGUCGGUAGACUUACCUCUGAUGUUGCAGAAUUCAAGAGUACGUUUAAACAACUGGUUACCCAAGGACUAAAGGCUGUGACGCAAACAGUGGGAUCAGCAGUUCACUUGUUCAGAAUUUCGGCCCCGUUGACGCUGACCAUGCUGGCUACCAUGCCCGUUCUUUAUGUGCUACUGAAUAUUUAUGGCGCUUAUCUUCGACGAUUAAGCAAAUACAGCAAAGGAUUAGAUGGUCAAGCGAGUGGGAUUGCCGGUGAAGUGCUCUCCAACAUGCGCACUGUGCGCGCAUUUGCUGCUGAAGAACGCGAAAUGGAAUAUUAUGGCAACGCCUGCGGAAAAGUCGCCAAUGCCAACAAACACAUGGGAAUGCAUAUUGGUGUCUUCCAAGGCUUGACGAAUAUUUCCAUUGGAUUAAUGGUAUUGACUAUUCUCUAUCGUGGAGGAUCACUUGUUGCCCGCAAUGAAAUGACUCAUGGAGAUCUAAUGACCUAUCUUUUGUCCACGCAAACUGCACAACAAUCUUUGGUAUCGUUGGGUGUCCUUUUUGGACAAACCAUCAAAGCCGCGGCCUCAGCCGCUCGUGUCUUUGAGUUCAUUCAUCUUCAUCCUCAAGUGCCUCUUCACGGCGGAGAGUUGAUCCAUUUUGUUUCUGGCGACGUCAAAUUUGAAAAUGUGGAAUUUGCUUAUCCGUCACGGUCAGAUCAGCAAGUAUUGAACGGAUUUAAUCUUACCAUACCUGCCGGCACCACUGUCGCCCUUUGUGGCCCGUCUGGUUCGGGCAAAUCGACGAUUGCUUCGCUUUUGGAACGAUUCUAUGAACCUACCGAUGGUCAUAUCUACCUUGACGGCCAAAACCUUGGCACACUAGAUCCGUCCUGGCUCAGAAAUCAUAUUGGUUUUAUCAAUCAGGAACCUGUAUUGUUUGCAACGACGAUUCUGGAAAACAUUCGAUAUGGACGUCCGGAAGCUACCAUGGAAGAAGUUCGUGAAGCGGCUCGCAAAGCGAAUGCCGAGGUAUUCAUUCAAGGGUUCCCUGAUGGAUAUAACACCAUUGUGGGCGAACGUGGAGCAUCUCUGUCUGGAGGUCAAAAGCAACGUAUUGCCAUUGCUCGCGCUAUUCUGAAAGAUCCAAAGAUCCUUAUUCUUGAUGAAGCCACAUCGGCUUUGGACAGUAAGUAA